AUCCUGGUUCUUCCACAUUCAAGUCAUGUGACCUUCUGUCUUUGACCUCAUUGUAUGUGUGUUUGACUUUGAGCCGUGCGUGUGUUAGAGCAUGUGCCGCCUCAUUUCAGACUCUUGUUGGCUUUACGGUGCAUGUACCAUGUGUCAAAAAAGGACACAUGUGCACAUACACAUUAAAAAAAAGGGAGGGGGGCCCUCCACCCUCUCAGUUCCUCCUUCCCUCUUUGCUCUGUAAUAAGAGCAGCUGUGGCCGCUCUGAUUCAAUUGCAGUGCAGGACUUAUGGCUAUUAUCCAGUGUCGACUGGCUGCUGCUGCUGUGGAACAGCUGCGCCUCCAACAACGCCAGAAAACUGACUUGAGAGUCGUAAACAUAGACAUACCACAAGCGAAAUUUAAAAAAAUGUUGCAGAGGGGACACUAAUGGGAAUGAGGUUUCUUUUCACCUGACUGCGGUUUUGAUUUUUUUUUUAAUGACGUGGAGGGUGUUGUUUUUUUCAAAGUGCAGUAGUGUUGAGUUCCUGAAAUGAUACACUUUGGGGGUCAUUUUAGGUGACUGGUGACAGUCGAGUCAUGCAGAGAUAUUGACACGCUAACGUUUACGAGGCUACCCUGCUAGCCUGUAUGAACUCACACCAUGGAUUCUUCCCAAAUGUGUUGCGUUGCAGGUGAAGGCUGGGCGGAGUUGACUUUUCAACGCCACUCUCCAGUCUGUGUAAAACACACUUCUCAAAAUGAAUGUAUGAGACAACAUGACAGCAUACAGCGAUUAUCAAAUAUUUAUAACCGGAGCGCAUAGCCAAAUUUCGACUUGUUUUGCCUCUGAUGCCACAAUCCUAAUGUGUCAAACGUAGACUCCAUUGCAGUUUGAACUGGAUAGGAUGUUGUCAGAACCAUUUGGAACCCUAUUUUUCUCUGUGGGUUUUUCAGAGUUGUGCCGUUGGAAUGCAAGUAAUUAUCGAGCGGGUGUAGCAUGUGGGGGUUCCGCAAUUUUGACUUUUGAGUCGAAAGGCACUGUCACUCGAGGAAAACCAGAAGAGGCCUGGAUGGCAUAUUUUAGGAACGUGGUUGAAUAGACCCACAGAUUUACAGUAGAAGGGAAUUCUACCGAGACUAAAUGGACUUCUUAGAACAGCGAGAGUACAUGAUAAAGGAGGGGGAUUAAUCGUGGGUGGCGGGUAGUGAUUAUGGGGGGCAAGCUCAAAGUCUUAAUGAGGUGGAGGCAGUGUUGACACCUGCCACAUGACCCACCUCCCCCACUUAAUUGCCUUUCACUUUGAAACCAUUCACAUACUUCCAGAAACCUAAAAGCAGGAUUCAAUUUGAUCAGGUAUACAGUAGAUUGUUCGAAUCAAAAAGCUCCAUCCACCCGAGGCGGAUGCCACGCUAUGAAUAAUACAGAGGGGGGGGGUGUUGAGGCCACUAGCCAUGUGCAUGGAACAAGGGGAAAAAAAAACGGGGUAGUUCCUCUCCAUCCAGUCCCCUCCCUCUUUUCUCGUUCCGUUCCCCUCCCCUGUGUUCCCAACCCCCAGCUGGCGGCUGCAACUGCAGAAGGUCAGAGAGAGGAGAGGGAGACGAAGAGGAGGCUGAGGGCGGCGCAGGCGACGGGUGCGGUGCUUGGAUGGACACAAACAUGCCGAGAGGAGAGAGCGCGCACAAGCCAUGACAACCAUGCUGAGUCCCAAGAUCCGACAGACCCGAAGAGCCAGGUCCAAGAGCAUGGUGAUGGGCGAGGUGACGCGGGGCUCCUGCCAGCCAGCCUCGCCCAGCCUCCAGGAGGGGGCACUAAAGGCCGGCUGGCUCAAGAAGCAGCGCAGCAUCAUGAAAAACUGGCAACUGCGCUGGUUCGUGCUGCGUUCAGAACAGCUCGACUUCUAUAAGGACGAAGACGAAACCAAACCACAGGGCUGCAUCCCUCUGCAGGCCUGCCAAGUGAACGAGCUCACCGCGAACCCGGAUGAACCAGGAAGACAUCUUUUUGAGAUUGUGCCAAGUGGAACGGGGGAGAAGGACCGCCCACCGAUCAGCCAUGAAUCCUUCCUGCUCAUGGCCAACUCCCAGACAGACAUGGAUGACUGGGUCAAGGCCAUACGGCGGGUUAUCUGGGCACCGUUUGGAGGAGGGAUAUUCGGCCAGCGAUUAGAGGACACGGUGCAGUAUGAGAAGAAGUUUGGCCCCCGGCUGGCGCCGCUGCUGGUGGAGCAGUGUGUGGAUUUCAUCAGGGAGAGGGGCUUGGACGAGGAGGGUCUUUUCCGAAUGCCGGGCCAGGCCAACCUGGUCAAAGAUCUGCAAGAGGCUUUCGACUGCGGCGACAAGCCUCUUUUUGACAGCAACACAGACGUUCACACGGUGGCCUCCUUGCUGAAGUUGUACCUGCGAGAGCUGCCUGAACCCGUCAUUCCCUUCUGCAAAUACGAAGACUUUCUAACAUGCGCGCAGCUUCUGGCCAAAGAUGAGGAGGAGGGGGUUCAGGAGCUCGGCAAGCAAGUCAACACGCUACCUCUGCCUAAUUACAAUCUCCUCAAGUACAUAUGCAAGUUCCUCGAUGAAGUCCAGUCCCACUGUAAUGAAAACAAGAUGAGCGUCCAGAACCUGGCCACAGUGUUUGGGCCCAAUAUCCUUCGACCCAAGAUGGAAGACCCGGUCACUAUCAUGGAAGGUACCUCUUUGGUGCAGCACCUCAUGACGGUCCUUAUCAGGGAACACAAGCGUUUGUAUUCAGGGAGGGACCAAGAGGACCUCGUUGCCCCCCAAGCGGAGCACCUGCUCCUCAAUCGAAGCCUCGGUGCCUGGAUCUCGGAAGAGGACCUGCAGAGCUGCCCCGUCUCCAACCCAGACCAAGAACUGAACAGCAGCGCUUCAUCGCUCGAAGCCAAACUGUGCGCCGCCGUCGCCCCCGGGCAGACCCCGAAUCCCGGGCCGAGACUGGGGUCUUCUUCGGCAAAGGGGGAGACGGUUGUGAGCCCGAGUAAACAAGCGAAGAGCAUCCCCUCGUGGAAGUAUUCUUUUAAAAGUUCCUCAACGCCUCGUCAGCCGCAGCCGAAGCAGAGCGGCUCGGCGGCGGAACCGAGCGCCGUGUCUUCCGGCGGGGGAGGAGGAAGCGGCAACUGGCUGAUGAACGGUUUGUCUUCCUUGAGGGGGCACAGACGUACCUCCUCGGGCGAAAGGUCAGCCCGAGACCGGGACUCCACCGGCUCCUCGCAGAGACUCUCCACCUAUGACAACGUCACCUCCUCGUCAAGCAUGGGUAGCGUGCAGAGCGUCGGCAGCACUCCUUGGUCCACCUCCUCCUGUGAGAUCUCGGCGCCAGACUCGGCGAGCGGCGAUGCUUCGGCCCACCACAGCUGCGAUGGCGGGGAUAAGGGGGAGUGGGCGGAGAGUCAGAGGGGACCCGAUAGAGGACGGGACGGAGGAGCAGCCACGGAGCCAACGAGCUCCGAGCAGGACAGCUCUGAGGCCAUGGAGCUGGGCAACGGCAGCGAGAACGACAACGCCGGCGUGCUCGCCGGAGUUGCGUGCGUCGUCACGUCUGACGACGGAGACGGAGUCGGCGUCACGCUGAGCGGUCUGGUCGAGGGCCUCAAGGACGAGCUCAGGAAACAGAAGGCCGCUUACGAGGUCAGGAUCCAAAAGUUGGAGGACUCCAGCGCUGCCCUGUGUGCCCACAUGGAGCGUUUGGAGCAGGAGAUGGAGCAGGAGAAGAAGCGGCAGCGCAUGCUGGAGAUCAAACUGCGCAACUCGGAGCGAGCUCGCGAGGAUGCCGAGAACCGCAACAAACUCCUGGAGAAGGAGAUGGAGGACUUCUUUUCCACCCUGGGAGAUCUCACCAUGACGACAAGGACCAGCGAUAUUUGACCCGACGUCGGGGUUCAUUUUUGAUAAAGGGCUCACGGCGUUCUCCAUGCAGCGGCACGUUCGCCCGUGUUUGUGCGCAUCGAAGCUAAGCGCGGGAGGAAACGGGGGGGGGGCCUUGAGGUGAAAUGUGUGCGGCGCAUUGUUUGGCAAGCUUCACACUGGGAAAGCAGUCACUUCUCACUGGUGCGCACUGACCAAACCGUAGCAAGUCAAAAGAUGGGCGAAUGCUGUUCUGUCUCUGCUGUUUCACGUGAUGAUGUCUGUUUGCUGUAAAUAUUCGGAAACGGUAAACGCCACAAUCCCCUUUCCAAGGGAAACCGGGACCAAGACCUCAUGAGGAAUUUAACCCCCUCCCGCUUCCAAAAUGUUUAGAACGGCUCUAAAUAAUAUGUUAAACUGUAAAUAAUUCCAUAAACUAUGAACCCUAAACACUUAAAUACCAUCCCUACAUGUAGCAAUUGUAAAAUAAAAUAAAAAUGACACCUCUUGUCAUGUCUUGCCUGAGGUAACAAACACUCUGUGGCUUAUGCGAACAACCCAGGCUAAUCUUGGCUCCGCCCCAGCAAGUAAAGAUCUUGAAUAAUAGUCUGAGAACGAUCAGUUCUACAUCUCUGACCGAAUUUACUACUUUCCUAUUAGCCGGCCACUGUAGUAACCGCUGUUCCCGGAAGGGUUCGUUUUCCACGAAUAGCUGAGGAGAGGUGCCACAGACACCACCCCGAGGCCCUUCCAGUGCCUCUCAAGUCACACGAUUUCCAGGUCGUCCCUUCCGCGUGUUGCGGUUUCAAAUGAAGACCAGUUCAAAGUGCGCCUGACCUGCCAGCCGCAUUCUGGCAGCAUGAAGCUUAACACUGCCCUUCAAGUAACAAUGGGAUUUCCUUGCUUGUGCCUUCAGGGACGUCCUUUGAAACAUUCAGAUGGAAAAAGAAAAGGUGUGCUUUUCUUCGCCCAGGUCGUUGCGUUUACUCUUGAAAAUGUCGAUAGAAGUGCCGAUGACCGAUAACUUAGAAGGUGCCAAUUAUUGUCAAAGUGAUGUCGUGCUUUUGAAUGGGAAAAGAAUGUAUCCUCGUCGUGAAUGUAAUCGUUGUUUGAUUAAGCCAGCAUGAGAGGAAAUGCACUGUUGAGCGCUUCCUCCAUUUCGUGUCUUUUGGACCGAACACACUUGGGAAGAAAAUGAAGUUUGUGCAUAUUUGCGCAGGGAGCGCUGCAUGCUGAUUAAAAAUGACUCCACAAAAGGGCCCAACAAUGAAAAAAAAUCUUUUGUAAGAAUUGCGUGGCUAUUCUUUAUUUCAAACAUGCUGCAUUUUAGAGGCAGAUGUGGGUUUUUAUUGCACAGGAAUGUCCUGAAAGACCACUCUUAGCGACCCCGAAGUGUUAACAGCAGUCCCAUACUGUUAUUUUCCUCAUCUGUGCGUCACAACCAAGCCUAAAUGUUUUCACUGGUGGUGGUGGUGGUUUUUUUUUAUUUUUAUUUAUUUGGAUACACAAGAUUGUAAUGAAUGAAACAUGUAUGGAGAAUAAAGCUGAUAUCAAGUU